GUGGGAUGCAUGUGUGCAGCAUAGCCUCACUGGCAAGUAUCUGUGUAGAAAAUUGCAAUUGUCGUCAUCAUCAUUGAUACACACACAAGUUUCCCUACUUUCUCUGUGGUCCAGAAAUAAUUUGACAACUUGAUUGUAAUUGCAGUUGUGACGUGUUGGAAACUGGUUGUGUAUUAUCCUUAUUUCUGUGAUUAGGACUGCAGUGCUGUAGAAACCAGUACAGAAUGGAACUCCUUAGACCAUAAGACAUCGGAGCAGAAAUUAGGCCAUUUGGCCUAUCGAGUCUGCUCCACCAUUCAAUCGUGGCUUUUAAGUUUCUCAGCCUCAUUCUCCUGCUUUCCCCCCAUAAACUUUGAUCCCCUUGAUGAUCAAGAACCCAUCUAUCUCUGUCUUCAGUAAAAUUGUUGGCCUUGUGCAUCUGACCAAUGGUUUUCUUCUCUCUCUUUCUUCCCUUUUCUUCCUGUCCUGUGCGCCACCCAUCCAUAACCCAUUGCCCUCACCUUUUGCUUUUCAGAAGAAGCUUCUGACAAGGGGCAAGAAGAAGAAGCAAGUGCUGAAGUUCACCUUGGACUGCACACAUCCAGUGGAAGAUGGCAUCAUGGACGCUUCCAAUUUUGAGCAGUUCCUGCAGGAACGUAUCAAAGUGAAUGGUAAAGCUGGAAACCUGGGCAAUGUGGUAACCAUCGAGAGGAACAAGAGUAAGAUCACUGUUACCUCUGAGGUUCCAUUUUCCAAGAGGUACUUGAAAUACCUCACCAAGAAGUACCUCAAGAAAAAUAACCUGCGUGACUGGCUUCGCGUGGUUGCAAAUAGCAAGGAGAGCUAUGAGCUCCGGUACUUCCAGAUCAAUCAGGAUGAAGAGGAGGAGGAGGAUGAAGACUAACCAUAAGGCUGGUCUGAACUUUUGUACAAAUUAUCUUCAAUAAAAUUGACAAAAAAGAAAAA